AUGUUUUUCAAAGAUAGUUUCGAAACAAUCAUCCAUCAAGAUGCAGGGCUUACACCGAUGCAAAAACAUCAAUAUUUAAUAGGCGUGCUUCAAGGAGAAGCUCGUAGUGUAAUACAAGGUUUUAAAAUCUCUAAUGAAAAUUAUGAGAAUGCAUGGACACUCUUGAAGGAGACGUACGACAACAAAAUGAUGAUAAUCCAGACACACUUAGAUGAACUACUAACGUUUCCAGUCAUCACAAAGGAUAACAAAGCAGAAUCAAUUCGACAAUUUAUUUGGCAUAUCCAGACACAUGUAUCGUCGCUCAAGGUACUUGCACAGCCGGUUAAUUACUGGGAAACAAUCAUAAUUCAUUUAGCGAAGAAAAAACUCGAUUUCAUUGAGCAACGUGAUUGGCAAGAUACGGUCAAGGAUAAAACACCAGAAGACAUGCCGACAUUGACAGAAUUUCUCAAAUUUCUCAAUGAUCGGUGCCAUAUAAUUAGGGUACUUAAGCAGGGAAAGACAAAGGUGGUGAGUAAUGGAAAACAGCAACAGAAGAUUGAAACAAAGAAGGAGAAAGGAGAGAAAAGAGUCACUCUGUCGACUAUAAGGGUGAAUUGCAGAUAUUGUAACAACGAUCAUCCAACCUAUAAAUGCGAAGAACUGUUAAAGCUUUCGGCACCUGAAAGGACGAAAAGUGUAAUCGAAAAGAGGUUAUGUGUUAAUUGUUUCGCACCAGGGCAUUUCGGACGGGACUGUAGAGGUUCUUCAUGCAGGAAAUGUGACAGGAAGCAUAAUACGCUUCUCCAUAUAGAAAAGGAGGAGCCCACAACUCAAGGGAAUUCAAAGAAUAAUUCAAUCGUAACGCAUGUUCGGGCGGAAGAUGACAAGACAAUCAAAGAAGAAAAUUCCGUGGCGAUGAAUAUUUACUGCGCACAUAAUAAAGCAGCGAGAGUCAUGUUAUCAACAGCACAGGUAUACGUACGUGACUCCGACGGUAAUCAACAAGCAUGCCGUGCACUGUUGGAUCCAGGUUCGCAACUAAAUCUAAUCACCACAAGUCUGCACAAAAAACUGAAGCUGCCUUGUACAAGAGAUGAGCGGCACAUUAAUGGUAUCAAUCAGAUAAAAACGAGUGCAAAUAAGAUAACUCGCAUACAACUUGAAUCGAAAUACAGCAAUUACUCAACCGAGAUGGAAUGUCUGGUACUUUCAAGGAUCACAGAACAGUUGCCACAAACGAAGAUAGAUAUAGCAAAAAUCUACGUUCCAAGAGAUGCUCAGUUAGCAGACCCCGCGUAUAACAUUCCAGGCCCUAUUGAAAUUUUAAUAGGAGCAGGUAACACGCAACUCGGAUUGAUAAUCGGAGGAGAGAUAAACGAAAAUGUCUCAGAUACGAAGCCUUCUUGCAAUUUAAUUACAAAUAAGGAUUUACAUGAUCAACUCGAAAGGUUCUGGAUACAAGAAACAGUGCCUGAAAAACAAUUGCAAUGUAAAGAAGAAAUAGAUUGCGAAAGGUAUUUUUCUAAUACAGUCAAGCAAGAUCAAAGCGGCCGAUUCAUCGUACGUUUGCCCAUGCGGCAAGAUGUCGUGUUGGGAGAGUCUAAGCAGAAAACACUUGAAAGGUUCAAGUCGCUGGAAAGAAGACUGGAUAAAAACACGAAACUAAAGAACGACUACACUUCAUUUAUGCAAGACUAUUUGAAUAAGGGUCACAUGUCAUAUUUCGCAGACUACGGGGAAUCUCAGCCCUUAGACGUCUAUUUUAUCCCUCAUCAGCCAGUAAUACGUCCGGAUAGUAUGACAACGAAAUUAAGAGUUGUUUUUGAUGCGUCAGCCAAGACUACGCUCAAUACGUCGCUAAAUGACAAACUCAUGCCAGGUCCUAAUCUUCAACAGGAUUUACAAGGAAUCGUGAUCAGAUUCAGAGUACACCAGUUUGUUUUAACGGCGGACAUAACAAUGAUGUUUCGUCAGAUUUUGAUUGAUUCUCAAAAUAGCCGGUUCCAACUCAUACUAUGGAGGUCUGAUCGAGACCAGCAAAUACAGAUUUUUCAGUUGAAUACGGUCACCUAUGGGACAGCAUGUGCUCCGUUUCUGGCCAUGCGGUGCUUGAGGGAAUUAGCCAAGACUUACUGUCACGAGCUCCCGAGAGCAGCGAAAGCAGUAUUAGAAGAUUCAUACAUGGAUGACUUCCUGACGGGAGAAAAUGGAGAUCAAGAUCCUAGAGCAAUACAGCACUUAAAGGAAAACAGUCCAUCAGACGAUCUGCUUAUUAUUGAUAAAGAGGAAGCCUUCAAAACUUUGGGACUCCAUUGGAACGCGGUUUCCGAUAAGUUGCAGUACAAGCCAGACAUAUCUAAAAUCGACGCAUGCACGAAAAGAAAUGUGCUUUCCACGAUAGCGCAGAUCUACGAUCCACUCGGUUUGGUGGGACCGAUACUUAUCACUGGUAAGCUCAUUAUGCAACAGAUAUGGAAACAGGAAAUCAAUUGGGAUCAGGAACUCCCACCCGAAUUUAAGGUUGCGUGGAAAAAUUACUAUGAAUCCCUGUUAAGUCUUAACAAGCUCAAAAUACCCAGGAAUAUUAAUCCAAAUAACUGCGAGAGUAAGGUGGAUUUAUACGGUUUCGGGGAUGCCUCGGAACGCGCGUUUGGUGCUUGUAUAUACUCGGUUAGUAUGGAUAACCAAGGUAACAUUCAGUCGCACUUAAUCUGUGCCAAGUCCAAAGUGGCACCACUUAAGACUAUAUCUCUACCACGCCUGGAGUUGGAAGCAGCGCUACUUCUUUCUCAACUAUACAGCAAUGUCAAGACGGCUUGCCAAGGCAAGAUAGAAGAGGCUUUAUGGCGGCAUGUACCAUCUGAAGAAAACCCCGCUGACCUGCUUUCAAGAGGGGUAACAGUAGAAAAUUUACAGGGAAGCGACCUUUGGUGGCAUGGUCCACAUUGGUUAAGGAACUCAAAUCCGCAACCAACAGAGAGCCUUGAACCGGACGAAGAGUUACCGGAGUUAAAGGCUACAUCUGUGGCUUUAACUAUGACAGCGGAAUCGGAAAUAUUGAUGAGAUAUUCAUCUUACAGUAAACUAUGCAGAAUAAUAGCGUAUUGUCAUCGGUACCGACGAAACCGAAGAAACAAAAAGAAAAUAGGUCCUCUAGAAAAGGAAGAACUUGAAAAUGCAGAGAAGACUAUUGUCCGGCUAGUACAAAGCGAAGUCUUCGCAGAAGAGCUACGAUGUCUCCGUAACAAGGGGAUGCUACCUCGCAAAAGUAAGUUGAUCCCGUUGGCUCCCUUCUUAGACGAAGAAGGUUUGAUUCGCGUAGGAGGCAGACUUAGACAUGCCGAAAUCGCUCAAUGUAAGAAGCACCCCAUUGUGAUGCCAGCUAAGCAUCACGUAACAACGCUUGAUAAUGAGGAAGCGACAUGA